AUGGAAGGAGGAGGCGGAGGAACGCUCUCGGAAGUUCACCAAAGCGCGAAGAAGCUGUUGCUCAGGUGCCGCGACGGCCUCGAACGCCUUGAGCAUCUCGAGCACUCCACCUCUACCUCCGCUGCCGUUGCCGGCGUUGAUUCGGAGCUUUCAUUUACCUUAAAGAAGGAUAUUAACCAGAUUCAAUCCCUCUGCGUCGAGAUGGACCGGCUUUGGCGUUCUGUCGCUGCCAAACCUCAGCGCGACCUCUGGAAAAGAAAGGUUGAACAAAUAGCUGAAGAGGCUGAAUCUCUGAAAGAAAGUUUGGAUAAAUAUAACUCAAGGAGUCAGAAACGGUCUAGAGAAGCUAAAGAGAGAGCAGAGCUGCUGGGACGAAUGAAUGGGGAUUCUGCUCAUGUUUUGAGAAUUUACGAUGAUGACACACAAGCAAUGCACUCAGUUCGCAGUUCUGCCAGGGAGCUUGAAAAUGCUAACGCACUCGGGGAAGUUAUCCUUUCUUCAAUACACAGCCAAAGGGAACGCUUGAAGAGUGCGCACCGAAAGGCAUUGGACGUCCUGAAUACGGUAGGGAUAUCAAACAGAGUUCUGAGAUUUAUUGAGAGACGAAACCGAGUUGAUCAAUGGAUCAAAUAUGCGGGAAUGCUAUUGACUGUUGUUUUCUUGCUUGCCUUUGUUUUGUGGAGACGAUGA